CUUCUCCAGUCCCCUCCUACGACAUAUCUUACACAACAAGUAACGGGCUCCCAUUGUGAGCUUCCGGAUCUGCGCAAUGCCCGCGGUCAAGAGGCCGUGUUUGCAGUGCAAGGAGAGACACGUCAAGUGCGAUGAGAAGCGCCCAGUCUGCAGCAGCUGCGAGAGGAAGGCGCUGAAAUGCUCGAGACCAAGCAAGAAGACUGUCUUCCGCCACGACACCACGGCCAACUUCUCCAAGGACCAGCGGUGGGUCAACAGCGCACCUCGGCAAUUUCAGCUUGAGACACAGUCUCUAGAUCCAGACGGCGAAGAUGGUGGAGAAGACACCACAUCAUUGUCUUGCCACAGUGAGACCCCCAAUGAUGAGCGUGCAUCUAGUCAUGAUGCCUCCCCCAGUGUCAGCACUCAGCCGCCAGAGAACAAGCGUCGUCGGACAGAGAAAACCCUGCCGCCUCUGAGCUCCUCCGAGUCUGAUCAUGUCAAUGGGGUGAGUGAUCCUGCCAGCCUGCAGAACGUGAUCCUGCCUCCUAUAUGCGAGGGGAACGUGCCGCCGCCCUGGGACUGGACGGGUCCCAACGCGAGAUCUGCACUGUCACCUCCGGUUCACCAUGAAGACACGGCCCUCCGUCACUUCCCCUUGCAGGACGUCCAGGAGGCCUGCCUGAUGCGAUACUACAUUGAUGAAAUCGGGCAUUGGCUGGACCUCUGCGACGAGGAGCGACACUUCCAGCUCGUCGUCCCGGUCCGCGCGCGUCGACAUCCGCACCUGCUCAAUGCCGUCUUUGCUGUCGCGGCACGUCGCCUGGCGAGAAUGCCACAGUACCAGACGAAGCGAGGCAUCGUCUACCAGGGCCAGCACCUCCCCGACCUCGACAGGCACACGGCCGUCGAGUACAUGCUGCAGUGCAUCCCCGCGUUGCGACGCUUCCACGAUACAGAAGAUGACGAGUACCGAGAUAGCAUCAUUGCCACCGCAGUCAUCCUGCGACAGCUCGAGGAGAUUGAUGACGAGGAUGACGGCGAUGACCAUGGAUCUCAUCUCCACUUCCUUGAGCCGACGCCUACCAAGCCACAAAUCAACUUCCUGCCUAUUAUUGACGCAGUCUUGAGGAGCCCCCCCUCGCAGUCCUUGUUUGGCCGCCGAGGUCUGAUCCGUGCUGCCUACUGGAUGGCCUUGAGGCAGGAGAUUUACCACUCCUUCACGAGGAGACAGGCCCCGCAGAUGAUCCUGGCGGCCGACUACUGGCCCACUGCUUCCAGUGCCAACAAGGCUGUCAUGCAUACAGUGCAGGUCGUCAAAUGGCGCUGGGGCAACGGCUCGGAGCAAGAAUGGAACCGCCUAAUGAGGCAACAGGAGCAUCUGGACCAAGAUGUCCUGACGGAUUUCCAGCCCAUAUACUAUAAAGAGGCUGAUCGCACACUGGGAGAGAUCUUCCCCACCAUCUGGUACUCGACUGUCUUGGAGACCACCACGAUCCAGCAGGCUCUCAUGGCCAAGUCGGUCCUCUACGCGGAAAAUCCCGCGCUCAAGUCCAACGCAGUCCCGCGCAACGUCUGGCGAAAGGUGGAGAGCGACGUGCGCGGCAUCAUGAUCCAGCUCUGUGGCAUUGCGCUCUGCCAUCCCGGGUCGCCGCCCGCCAUCCUGAACGCAGCGUUCGUCCUCGAGAUGUUUGGCGACUUUUUCACGGAUCACUAUGAGCGGGAGGCUAUCAAAAAGGUGGUCGAGAGGUACCGCGCACAGCAUGCCUGGCCGGCAAGGAAGCUCGUGGACAUGUUUGGAUGAUUGCGGAGGACAUUCGAUGGAGGCUGUCUAUAUCUAACAUCAAGCUGCUCCAUUCUGAGCC